AUGCUUGCCCUUCGGUUGACAACCACCCCUGUUCGGACGAUUAACGUAAGAACAGCAUUAUCAACCACUUCAACAUGCACGGGACGGCACUUCUGGACAUGGAGCGCCUUCAAGAGUGCCGCAGAGACUCAGACCGAGACGCAUCAUGAGCGAUAUCGACCACGUUCGAGAGAUCCCCAGGCCGGUCUGACCACCCCUGCGCCUGAGGAAGCAGCAGACAAGAAGAGCGCCAGUCCCUUCUACUUCGAAGCCGGAUAUGCAGGAUGGGCUAAGCGACCAUCGAGACCAUUUCCUCCUCCCUUCUUCUCGCCGCCGAGCGGCUCCUUCAGUGAUCCCCUCACUACCCACGACAGAUCAGUCGAUCGGAGACCGAAAGUAAAUGGACAGAUGAUAAGAGGCGUGACGAACGGUGAUGAUGCGAUGCUCGCCAGUGAGACGCUCAUCUGCACAAACGAUGGUGUGGGCCAGUGGGCGCAGAGAGAAAGAGGGCAUGCGCCGCUGUGGAGCAGGCUCAUUGCGCAUUUUUGGGCACUUGCAGCUGAGAAAGAUUUGUACGGUGGAGAAGGGGAUCCAGACCCCGUGAAAUAUCUUGAUGAGGCGUAUGCAAGGACGAAGGAGGCUCUGAGCGAGCCGAACGAGUGGCAUGGGACCACUACUGCGAGCUCGGCCCUUCUACACUGGGUGGAUGGAGAUAGUGGUCAGCAUCCAAUGCUGUACGUCACUCAACUAGGGGAUUGCAAAGUCUUGGUCGUGAGACCGCACGACUCUACAGUGCUCUUUGCAACCAAAGAGCAGUGGCAUUACUUCGACUGCCCGAGACAGCUCGGAACGAACUCUCCGGAUACGCCUUCAGACAACGCGGUACUGGACAAAGUCGAGUUGCUCGAAGAUGAUGUGGUUCUCGCCAUGAGCGAUGGCGUCACUGACAAUCUGUGGGAGGAGGAGAUCUCAGAUUACGCAGUGGGAGCGCUGAAGACGUGGAGAGAUCAACAUGGAAACGCGGAUGGCGCCGAGGCUAUGAAGUACGUCGCGCAAGAGGUCGUACUAUCUGCGAGAAAGAUUGCAGAGGAUCCAUUCGCAGCGUCGCCAUUCAUGGAGAAGGCUAUCGAGGAAGGUCUUGCCGUGGAAGGAGGGAAGUUGGAUGACAUCUCGGUUGUGGCUGCGAUUUGCAAGAGACGAAAAGACGGUUGA